AUGCAUUCUCUGCUCUUCCUCCUCGCCGCCCUGCCCGCUGUGCUAGCGCGGCCGUCCCUCUCGAAGCAUGCCAACAGCGAUAUUGUCAAGGGCAAGUAUAUCGUCAUCAUGAACCCCGAUAUCGAUGCUCCCAACCUGAAUGACCACCUCGGUUGGGUUGACGACAUCCACGCGCGCAGUCUGAGCCGCCGUGGUGCUGGUGCCAACGAGAAGGGCGUCGACAAGGUGUGGUCCGAUACCUGGAAGGGAUAUUCCGGCGAGUUCGAUCCCGAAACCAUCAAGGAGAUCAAAAACAGCGACGAGGUCCUUACCAUCGAGCCCGUCCGGACCAUCACGAUCUACGCCCCCAAGAUCACCCAGUCCGCAUCCACCUGGGGCCUUGGAUCGAUCUCGCACCGCAAGCCCGGCUACCGUGAGUACGUCUACGAGAGCAGUGCCGGCCAGGGCACCUGGGCCUACGUCGUUGACACGGGCGUCUACACUGCCCACGCCGAAUUUGAGGGCCGGGCCUUCCCGGGCUACAACGCGGUGCCUAACACCAAGAUGGCCGACACAAAUGGCCACGGAACGCACUGCGCCGGCAUCAUCGCGAGCAAGACUUAUGGCGUUGCCAAGAAGGCCAAGAUUAUGGCUGUAAAGGUUCUCGACGGAUCCAGCUCUACCACCGAUAUCGUUCUCGACGGCUUUAUGUGGGCCGUCUCCAACAUCACCAACACCCCCGGGCGCGCUGCCAACGCCGUCAUCUCCCUGUCGCUCGGCGGCGGCAAGUCCGCUGCCUUCAACGCCGCCAUUGAUGCCGCCUAUAAGAGGGGCGUUCUCGUGGUGGCUGCUGCGGGCAACAGCAACGUCGACGCCGCUCUCUCCUCGCCGGGCUCUGCGCCCGGCGCUCUUACCGUCGGCGCCAGCGACAAGGACGACAACCGCGCCAGCUUCUCCAACUACGGCAGUGUGGUCGACCUCUUUGCGCCAGGUCUCGCCAUCACCAGCCUCGGCAUCACUAGCAAGACGGCCACCGCCACCAUGAGCGGCACUAGCAUGUCCUGUCCCCACGUCGCUGGUCUGGCUCUGUACCUCAAAGCCAAGGAGUCGAUUGUCUCUCCCGGAGCCACCACCACCCGAAUCAAGAACCUGGCGACCAAGAAUGUGAUUAUCGGUCCCGGAAUCGGCAGCCCCAAUCGCCUGGCGUACAACGGCGCUGCCUAG